AGGAAUCCACCAGUGAUCCAGAGCAGCGCGCACUUCGCUCUUACAUCGCAAUGAAGAAUGAAAUUGCCUCCUCGGAGUCCUAACACAGGGAACGUCGCGAUUGUUGCGACUCACCUCUCCCACAGGUAUCCACGCUGUCAGCUCGCUGAAGGUGCGCGCCGUGUAACCACUGCUUUCUCACUCGCUACAUGCUCUGGCUUGUAAACUGACUAUACUGUAUAUAAAGUGGUGAAAACUUGAAUAAUAAAAAAUAAAAAAAAAAUCAAAAACCGGAGGAUGGCGUCAAUCGGGGAAUUCGACCCGCUACACUCAACCGUGCCUGCAACUAAAAUUGAAGUUACGGUAUCCUGUAGGAACCUGCUGGAUAUGGACACCUUCUCCAAGUCGGAUCCCGUUGUGGUGCUAUAUGUGCAGGGCAUUGGGACCAAGGAGUGGAGAGAGUUUGGCAGGACGGAGGUGAUCGACAACACGCUGAACCCGGAUUUCGUGCGGAAGUUCGUCCUGGACUUCUUCUUUGAGGAAAAACAGAAUCUGCGCUUUGACGUGUACAAUGUGGACUCCAGGAGUUCCAACAUUUCCAAGCACAAGGACUUCCUGGGACAGACGUUCUGCACCCUGGGGGAGAUCAUCGGGUCCACAGGCAGCCGGCUGGAGAAAACGCUCUCAGGCAUCCCGGGGAAGAAAUGCGGCCUCAUUAUAUUCACAGCGGAGGAGCUCAGCAACUGUCGGGACAUUGCCACAAUGCAGCUGUGUGCCAACAAGCUGGACAAGAAGGACUUCUUCGGAAAGUCGGACCCCUUCCUCGUGUUCUACCGCAGCAACGAGGAUGGAACGUUCACCAUCUGCCACAAGACAGAGGUGGUGAAGAACACGCUGAACCCCGUGUGGCAGCCGUUCACCAUCCCCGUGCGAGCACUGUGCAACGGCGACUACGACAGAACGGUAAAGGUGGAUGUGUAUGAUUGGGACAGAGAUGGAAGCCACGACUUCAUUGGCGAGUUCACCACCAGCUACAGAGAGCUGUCGCGGGGCCAGAGCCAGUUCAACGUCUAUGAGGUACUGAAUCCAAAAAAGAAAGGCAAAAAGAAAAAGUAUGUCAACUCUGGCACGGUAACGCUGCUGUCCUUCAAAGUGGAGUCAGAGUACACAUUUGUGGAUUUCAUCCGCGGCGGGACCCAGCUCAACUUCACAGUGGCCAUAGACUUCACAGCAUCCAAUGGGAACCCCUCCCAGCCCACUUCUCUUCACUACAUGAACCCGUACCAGAUGAACGCCUACGCCAUGGCGCUGAAGGCCGUGGGCGAGAUCAUCCAGGAUUACGACAGCGACAAGCUCUUCCCCGCCUACGGCUUUGGCGCCAAGCUGCCCCCAGACGGCAAGAUCUCACACGCGUUCCCUUUGAAUUCAGACAGUGAAAACCCCAAUUGCAUAGGAAUCGAAGGAGUCCUGGAGGCCUACUUCCAGAGCCUCAGGACCGUCCAGCUGUACGGUCCAACCAACUUCGCUCCAGUCAUCAACCAGGUGGCACGGUCGGCGGCGGAUGUGACGGACGGCUCGCAGUACUUCGUGCUGCUCAUGAUCACUGACGGCGUCAUCUCCGACAUGGUGCAGACCAAGGAGGCAGUGGUCAAUGCCGCCUCCCUGCCCAUGUCCAUCAUCAUUGUGGGGGUGGGACCAGCCGAGUUUGACGCAAUGGAAGAGCUGGAUGGGGAUGAGGUGAGGGUUUCCUCUAGAGGGCGCUUUGCUGAGAGAGACAUUGUCCAGUUUGUGCCAUUCCGUGACUACAUUGACCGAUCAGGGAACCAGGUGCUGAGCAUGGCCCGGCUGGCCAAAGACGUGCUGGCGGAGAUCCCAGACCAGCUGCUGUCCUUCAUGAAGUCACGGGGCAUCGAGCCCCGCCCAGCCCUGGCGGCCACGCCCUCGCCAGCCCUGAACAUGCGCAUCUGAGGAGGGGAGAGACUGGGGAAUGCCACCUGGCAAUCACCUCAGUUACCCUGCCCCACUCACCAGUC